AUGUCGUAUAAUAUAAAUUAUUUAGUCCUAACAUGUGAGUCGUGUAAAGCCUUUUUCAGACGUAAUGCACUCAAACCACAGCGAUUUAUGUGUCCGUCUAAUGGAAAAUGUAAUAUAAGUGUUAAUACGAGACAAUUAUGCAAAAAAUGUAGACUUGAAAAGUGUUUUGCCAACGGAAUGAAAAAAGAAUUCAUAGGCAUUAAUGAUUCAAAUCAAACCAAAAACUUAAUUGAUUUGUUGAUGAAUUUAGACGAAUCUAACAUAGAUGCGACAACACGUGAUCAAUCAACCGAUAGUAACCAACAUCACAAACACCAGGAACUGGCAAUAGUGCCGGUGUUUAAAGAGAUAACCGAUUAUAACAGUCUGAAUGCGUUGGAGUCGAGCCGUGUAUCGGAACUGUUAGAGGCGUGUAAUGUAUUCAGUAAUCCGUUGAGUAAAAACUAUUUCAGAUUAAGGGAUAGGGAGGAUAUAGUCAAGUAUACUAGUGCUAGAAAUGAGAGUUUCAUCACCAGGAUAGCUCAAUUCUCAAAGUGCCUGAAUGGAUUUGGAAAUGACCAGGAUAACUCAGCCAUACUCGAUCUAGAUGCGUUUAAAUUAGAUAAACUACAUGCAAUUAUACUCUUCGACCCGAAACGACCUAAUCUAAUACACAAGGAGUCCGUAAAACUCGAACAACAACUGUAUAUAUAUUUACUGCAAAGACAUCUACUAUUGAAAUACCCGUCGGAAUCGGAAUUAAAAGUACAAGACUUGAUGUUAGCGAUGAAAGACUUGAAUGUAUUGCGAGAAAUACAGUAUACGUACGGAAUACAGGAAUUCAUGCCUUAUGCCCACUAUUUCGGACCACUUAUGAAAGAGACAUUAGAUUUAAAAUAG